AUUGUCCAAGGCAAUACAUUAAAUAUCAUGGCUCCUCCUGCUCCUGCUGGUGCUGCUACUAUCAUUUAUCUUCGUGCUGUUGGUGGAGAAAGCGCUUCUCCUGCUGCUUUAGCUCCCAAGGUCGGUCCUCUUGGUAUGGCCCCUAAGAAAGUCGGUGACGAUAUUCAGAAGGCCACCAUGGACUGGAAAGGUCUGAAGAUCACUGUGAAGCUGACUGUGGUCAACCGUCAGGCUACUGUGGAAGUUGUUCCCAGCGCUUCUUCUUUGAUCAUCCGCGAGCUCAAUGAGCCUCCAAGAGAUAGAAAGAAGGAGAAGAACGUGAAGCACAACGGAAACAUCACUCUUGAUCAGGUGAUCAAGGUGGCGAAGGUCCUUCGUGAGCGUUCCUACGCUAACAAGUUGGCUGGAACGGUGAAGGAAGUCCUUGGAACUUGCUAUUCUGUGGGCUGCACUGUGAACGGUCAGCAUCCUUCGGAUAUCAUUGCUGCUAUCGAUAACGGUGAGAUUGAAGUGCCUGAAGAAUAAACUAGCUCGAAGCUUUGGACAU